UCGCGGCCGCGGGUCGGGCCCCACCUCCCGCACCGUGGCUUCUGGCUUGCUGAGCGAGGACAGCGGGUCUGCCUGGGGACGUCCGGCCGCGGCGGACAUAAUGUCAAGUGGAGAUGGCCAGCAGUCACGGGCUUUUACCAAACCCACUUUUACUGAGGUACAAGCCUCUGCACUGGUAGAAUCAGUAUUUGGGUUCAAAGUCUCUAAGAUCCAGCCACUCCCUAGCUAUGAUGACCAAAACUUUCAUGUUCACAUUUCAAGAACCAAAGACACUACAGAUGACCCCGUUGACUAUGUCCUCAAAAUAAGCAACACGGAGUCUAGUCAGAUUCCAGACCUGAUUGAGAUGCAGAACCAUAUCAUCAUGUUUCUGAGAGAAGCUGGAUUUCCAACAGCAUCUGUGUGUCGAACUAAAGGGGACAACACCAUCUCACUCGUGUCCAUUGAUAGUGGAUCUGAAACCAAGAGCUACUUGGUGAGAAUGCUCACCUACCUGCCAGGAAGACCCAUAGCUGAGGUCGCCAUCAGCCACCAGCAGCUCUAUGAGAUAGGAAGGUUAGCUGCCCAGUUGGAUAAAGCGUUGGAGAAAUUUCAUCAUCCAAAGUUAAAUCUUCUCCAUCGGGAGAACUUCAUCUGGAAUCUGAAAAACGUCCCACUUCUAGAGAAAUACAUGGAUGCCCUGAGCCAGAAUCAAAACCGGGAAAUUGUUGAACAGGUCAUUCAGCUGUUCAAAGAAGAAGUAAUGACCAAAUUAAGUCAUUUUCGAGAAUGUAUCAAUCACGGUGAUCUUAACGACCAUAACAUCUUAGUAGACUCCAGCAAGUCAGCCUCUGGAGAUGCUGUGUAUCAAGUCUCUGGGAUUUUAGACUUUGGUGACAUGAGCUAUGGCUACUAUGUAUUUGAAGUGGCCAUCACCAUCAUGUACAUGAUGAUUGAAAGCUUGAAUCCUAUCCAGGUCGGAGGUCACGUCCUUGCAGGGUUCGAAAGUGUGAUCCCUCUGACCGCUGUAGAGAGGAGUGCUCUGUUUUUACUUGUGUGCGGACGGUUUAGUCAGUCACUAGUCAUGGCCGAGCACUCCUGCCGGCUGUACCCAGAGAACAAAGACUACCUCAUGAUUACAGCGAAAACGGGAUGGAAGCAUUUACAGCAGAUGUUCGACAUGGGCCAGAAGGCCGUAGAGCAAAUCUGGUUUGAAACCGCCAAGUCUUAUGAAUCUGGGAUCUCCAUGUGACCAGAGAAAAGUUUGUGUUUCCUUGGCAAUCAAAACUCAGUUAGGCCCAGAUCAAAUUCAUGAAGGAUUUUCCUGCAGAAUUAAAAAGGGAAUGGUAAGUCAGAGCCGUUCUAAAUAUGAAGAGGCAAAGAAAGGUCUACUUUUUCCAGCAGUCUUAGGACCGCCUUUUACACCUAAGAAAGCACUACAUUAGGAACACUUUCCUAGUGUGCCAGGCCCUGGGCUCAACCUCAGCACCACAGAAAAGAAAAACACAUGCACAACUAAACAUGUCUUUCUGCAGGUCUUCUUUGCCUAUUACAUGAACCAUACAUGAUGAUAUGUGAUUUGUAAUCAGUCUCUCAAAGUCUAUCCCAGUCCUUAAAUCAAUAACUUUUAAACUGUGAAAAGAAUAUAUAUGUAUAGCUAUAUUCACAUAUGUUAACUAAAAUCCACAUAUUUUAAACACCUAGCCUACACAGUACUAGUUCUGUGAACUCUGACCUCACCUCUCUAGAAUCCCAUGGCAUUCUGUCUUUUUUGUGGCAUUUCACUGGCUUCCCUGCUUCUGGUUGUGGAGUCAUCUAGCCUGUAUGUGCAUUUGACCAUGGCAGAGACCACCAGAGACUUGCGUCUGUGUAUCUCUUCUUGCACCUGUGAUAGUGCCUUCCCCACAGAAAAGUCUUUGGACACAUUUACAAAGUGAACACAUUCGACAGGAAAGAUGUGGUGGUGCCCUAGGGGAAAACACAGGUGGGAGUCAUGAGAAAAACAUUUAAGAACAUUGAGAGAGUGGCUGCAACCAGCACUCCAGAGACAGACAUCAGACAACAGCAGAACUGCAUGGAAGCAGAUGCAGACAUCGGGCAAGGCUGUCAGCCCUGAUUCCAGCAAGGUUCCUCUGCACAUAGGGGCUCACUAUACUGCUGGUCUGAAACGACGCGGUUCCCAAGGUCCUCCUGGUCAGCCUCCCAGUGCAGGGCUAUAGCCACACACCAGAUGUUCUGACUCUCUAGAACUGAUUCUUUUUAUAGGGAUCUGUAAAAUUAGUGAAAUGAAGCUCAUUGCACAUCUGUCUUAAGUUUUACCUCCGUAUUUCCUUUACUGAUUUCUUUUCGUGUCUCUCUAAGCAGAUAUUUACUUAUUCUUGUAGGGUGGGCUUUUUUUUUUUUCCUGUAUUGAGACCAGAUUCCACCAUGUUAUCCAUACUGGAAUCAAGCUGUCAGACUCCUGGGCUCAAGUGAUAAUCCUGCAGGCAUGUUUAUCACACUUGGUUCAUUCUGUUUGGUUUAACACACUUUCUACAGAUACUUUCCCCAUAUCAGUCAGUGAGCCCUGCUGCUUUAACAAAUCAGGAUUUGGGGUCAACAACCUGGAGUACCCUGUCUUUCCUGCUUCGUAAGUUUUUCAGUAAUACAUACUCUAACCCAAUGUGUAUUGAACAUUAUUUACUACAGAACAGAAUCAUAUAGAUAUUCUGAAAACAGAGCCUUUAAAAGCUGAAUUGACUCAAAAGAGCCUAGGCUUAGAUCUUAAAUUAGGGCUGUGACCCCUGCUCCUAAUCACUACAGAAUCCCAAACUAUUUCUGCCUCCCCUCUCCUGGUCUUACACACACACACACACACACACACACACACACACACCAAUUGAGAUCAGUCACAUGUGAAACACUUAGGAUUCUCACAUUUAAGGUUCUUAUUUAACUUGGCUAAUCAGGAAACUAGGGACCAGAAAAAAUGGACCAAAACUUCGGUUUCUCUCUAGACCAAUGUUCAUCCUGUUAUACAGUGGAACCCUGCAGGUUUCUCUCUGGAUUGUUCUUGCUAACAGAGAUUCCCGUCACUAAAUUCCUAAUGCAAAUAUUGCUGAUUUCUGUUACGAUAUUAAAUAUAU